AUGCUUAAGCAGUGUUCUGGCAUCCUGUAUAUUUGCAAGCAUAUUCCAGAUGUGGAGGCUCGCUGGCCGGCAGCUCGCAUUCGGAGACUGAGCUCCGCAGCCGCGCUCCUAACCGUCAACACGCUUUGCCAGGGCGUGUGCGUCUUCCCGCAGGAGCUGGUACCCAGAUUCCAGAUCCUGCCUCCGGAGACAGGCGGGAGACCGUCGGGGACACCAUCCCGGGCACCACAGAAGCCGAGGUCCCCCGAAGCGUUCGUCUGUCAACAGAGGCUUCGGGGCCCCGGGAUCCUUCAAACGCCCCGCCAGCCCGGGGCCAAUCACAGCGCAGCUUCUUUCUGUGGUCGCAACCAAUCAGCGGCCGCUAUCUAUGGGCGCCAAAGAGAGGUCAUCGAAGCUGCGGACCGGUCCAUUUUUCUUGAAGGCAAGAAGACUCCCCUCGACUUCCCAGCACGCCCCUUAGCCAUAAAAGGCACCCGAGACGGCCAUUACGUGGCCGUGUACUUCUCCCCGGAGGAGUGGGGGUGUCUGCGGCCCGCGCAGAGGGCCCUGUACCGGGACGUGAUGCGGGAGACCUACGGCCACCUGGGCGCGCUCGGAGUCGGAGGCACCAAGCCAGCGCUCAUCUCCUGGGUGGAGGAGGAGGCCGAGGUCUGGGGCCCGGACGCCCAGGAUCCGGUGGCGGCGAAGUGUCCGACAGAAGUAGACUCAGCAGAUUCCAGAAACAAGGAAGAGAAAAGACAAAGGGAAAGGACUGGAGCACUGGGGAAGACUCUUUCUGUGGCUGCUCAGCUUCCUGGGCUGGUGGCUCCCCAGCGCCCCUCUGCUGGACUUCCUUAUGGUCUGGAGCAGCCAUCCAAGGCACCUCGCCGGGGCCGCCCCCCUCUCUGUGCCCACCCCCCUGUCCCACGAGCAGACCAGCGUCAUGGCUGCUAUGUGUGUGGAAAGAGCUUUGCCUGGCGUUCUACGCUGGUGGAGCACGUCUAUACUCACACGGGUGAGAAGCCCUUCCGUUGCCCUGACUGUGGCAAGGGCUUCAGCCAGGCUUCCUCCCUGAGCAAGCACCGGGCCAUCCACCGAGGGGAGCGGCCCCAUCGCUGUCCUGAUUGUGGUCGGGCCUUCACCCAACGCUCCGCCCUUACCACCCACUUGCGGGUCCAUACGGGAGAGAAGCCCUACCGCUGUGCCGACUGCGGACGCUGCUUCAGCCAGAGCUCAGCCCUCUAUCAGCACCAGCGGGUCCACAGUGGGGAGACCCCCUUCCCCUGUCCGGACUGUGGUCGCGCCUUUGCCCAUGCCUCAGACCUUCGGCGCCACCUGCGCACCCACACCGGCGAGAAGCCCUACCCAUGUCCAGACUGUGGGCGCUGUUUCCGCCAGAGCUCUGAGAUGGCCGCUCACAGACGCACUCACAGUGGCGCGCCCUACCCCUGUCCUCAGUGUGGCAGGUGCUUUGGCCAGAAGUCAGCCAUGGCCAAGCACCAGUGGGUCCAUCGGCCAGGGGCUAGAGGGCGCAGGGGCCGAGGUGCCAGUGGGCUGUCUGUCCCCCUGGCUCCUGGCCGAGGGGACCUGGACCCACCUGUGGGCUUCCAGCUCUACCCAGAGAUAUUUCAGGAGUGUGGGUGACAGGCCUCAGAAGUGACAAGGCAAAGAGUGAAGAUCUAGAUAUUGCCUGAGACACAAAAUGGGCUCUCAGGAGCCUGAAUCUCUGGUGGCCUGCAGGGAGGUCCCAGGAUUUCCGGCAAGAGCUGGGCCUGGGAGAUGAGGAUAGUCUUAUCUUAUACCUUUGCUCCCUAUUGCCCCAGACUUUAGAAGGUCCCCUUUGUUGAGGCAGGGCUGAGGUAAGAACUCCCACUAGACCUUCAUUUGGGGAAGCAAAGGCCGCUUCUCAGCUCAAAAGUGUUAAGAGGAUUGAACUAGAGGAGAACCUCAUCUUACCCAUCAGCCUUUAAUUGCAGAAGUUAAAAACCAAUGACUGUGCUGAACCUGGCUUGCAGCUGCUUUAUUUAUGUAUUUAUUUUGGCCCAGGCAGCAUUUUUAAGUGGUAUGAAUUAGUGGCCAAAAUUUAAAAGCUGGAGUAUUUUGCACAAAAAUCCAGGUUUCUGGCUUCUCUUGAAAAACCCAAAGACUUGGCAGUUAACCUAAACUCUCACAAAAUCACGGUUGAUGGGAGCUGAGCAGCAGCUGCCCCACGGUGUAGCUGAGCUCUCUGUUCAUCACGGCCCUGCUGCUCCUUGUCAGCUCCAGGCAUCACUUGCCAUCAGCAUGGCCUGCUCUUAGUGUUUUUGGUAUUUUUCUUAAAGUAGAGCAAAGAAGAAAGUGAAGUGUUUCUUGAACCCAUGUCUUUGUUAAAGCGGGCCUUCUCCAUCUGGCAUUUUCCACUCAUUUAUUUGACCUGCUGGGCACAUGUAGUCAUUUGAGCUUGCAAACUGGUCUAUAGCAUUCAGGUUUCCCGGAAUCAAAGGAUGGUAAGAGAGAAGAAAAAGCAGACUUUAUUUUAGGUGCUUGUAUUGCAUUUUAUGGUUUACUAAGUACUGUCUCAUCCAUCAACUCAUUCGCCCUCAUAACUGCGUGGGGAAAGAAGCAACUUGCUGGAGGAGGAUAUCCCAGGCAGGAAGAGGCAUCAGGACUGAGUCUUCGUCCCAAACCAAGCGGCAUGUCUGCUGUGCCACAGUCCCACUCUCAGCUGACCGGCAGUUCCUGUUUUUGAAGGGGAAGGUCCUGAGAGCUCCCUCCAGUCUGCCUUAAGCCUACCUGAGAGAACCUCACAGCUCAGGUCUCCUUAGCUACCCUCAACCCAGCCAGGAGGGCUUCAUCACAUUUUUGAACUGGAAGAGCUCUUAGCUUUCUCAGUCUUGCUGUUGUCAUAAACGAGGGAAGGCUAAGUGACCUAUUCAAGGUCACACACACACACAGUGACCACAGGGUUAUUGGCUUAUUGUUGCCUUUACCCCAUCACUCCUGAGUUCCCUGUCAGUAUCUCAGCCAGGGUUCUGGAGGCAUCUGCCCACUCCCCAUUGUAACACCCAGGUACUGACCUGGACUAAGUUGGACUAGCCAGCAUCAGCAAAGCUCACGUACCAGAUGAGUCUGACAAAACAGCUACAUGACAGAUCAUGACAAUGAGAAACCAGCCUGAGAUGGGUCCCAUGACAGACAAAAGCAAGGCUUGCAUCUUUGCUAUUUCUAGGUACCCAGUGUCAUGACCAGAAGACGACUAGGCCAGGAACAUUUGGGGUUUGACUUGUAGCCAGAGAGGGCCAUACCCAACUGUAUCCCCAAGCUCUGCACAGAAGCCCGCCCUAUCACCUGUGACUCCAUUAUCCUGCCACUGGGCAGGGCAACCCUUCACCUCAGAGAGGAGUCACUAGGGCCCACGUCCUCUGCCGGUCUAUGUGCCCUCGCCUUAUUCGUCCAUUUCAGCCCUUUGGCCUACCUAGGGAGGAGGAAAAACAGAUCUGUAAAAAUGGAAAGGUAGAAAAGUUGGAGAAAAGACACUGUUCAGUUGAAGUAAUGAACUGACUUGAUUUCAACCUAAUCGUCAAAUCUAACACCUCCCUAUGCUAAGCUUUUCUGGGGAGAAUUGAUUCAUGUGCCACUUUAUCACAAGGGGGCCAGGGGUGAGAAGAGGAGUUACCUUGGUACCAGCUUUUCGUUCCCAGUGUACAAUACCCUCCCUGCCCUUCUCCCUCAGCACUGUCUGGGGAAAGCCCAGACUCAAAGCAAGGUCUUGGCCCUCAGCUUGCCAAUUAAAGGUGCCAUAAUGACUA